AUGAGGGCAUCAGAAAAAGGGGGAUGUGUCAAUACUGUUGGAAGUAUUAGCACUGCAGAGCAUGUCCGACGGAUGACUAAGGAGAUGGGGAGACCACCAUUGAUGAUUGAGUUGAUUACGAGGACUCGGACAAAAAAAUCGGGAGGUUUUGUCGACGACCGCACCCAGAAAGCUUUUGAUGAUUAUCAGACAUUGCUAGCAAAUUUUCUAGAACACAAUCCGCAAUAUAGGCCAGCAGAGGGGGAGCCGCUUAAUGGGGAUGUUGAUUUCUAUAUUUGGAAUGAGACUGAAAAUUCCUCAAGAUCUUCACUCGAACUUGAAUCAUUUGAUCCUCUUAGAACAAAAGUCUUCCAAGAUUAUAUCGGCAACAAUCUUCACUCGAUCCUAUCGAAAUUUCCUUUGUCUGAGUCUUUGAACUGGUGA